AUGCUAUACAACCCUUACCCUUGCCUCUCCUCCCCUUCACCCACCACCAUGUCGACCCCGCUCGCAACCCCCACGCUCCUCACCGCCGAAGAAGCAGCGUUUGAGAUGGAAAAGGCGGCGAUAACGUCGUACGAGCAAGGGUGGGAUGGAUGGGAUGGUCCGGUUUGGCCGGUGGGCUAUGUGCAGUGUAGUAUGCAAAUGGAUGGGUACGUGAGACCCAGAGUAGCGGUGGAGGGGGUGGAUGAUGUAGAGGCUUAG